UGUUAACAUGGAUGAAACAGAAAGACCUGAUCCUAUUCUUAUGCAAGUUCCCUUGAUUAAGAACCCAUUAUAUCAACCUCCAAGGGCAAUUACUUUGAAUACAAAUUAUAACAAACUUUUACCCACAUUAUCAACGUCUGUGAUACCUCCAAAGGUUAAUUUGACCGGUCAAACGAUUCAGGAAUGGAAAAAUGACAUUGAAACCAUCAAGAAUGAUAAGUUUGAUCUGACCAGAAAUGCAAAGAUUAUCGAUGAUUUUAACAAUUGGGUCAAGGAAAAGCAGCUUAGAGUAGCUCCUGGGUAUGAUUAUUCUCCCGGAAGAGUUAUGGUCCCUGGAAGAGUAGAAAAACCACACGCUGAAGUACUGGAUACGAUCAAAGAACUGGAUCCAGUUAAUGAACUUGAUGUUGUAUUUGGAAAGACUCAAAUAAGUGAGUAGCCACGAGUAACCACAAAGGGUUUCAAAAAAGAAGUCGACACUGAGAGAUUGAGAGAUUGAAUAGUGCUUCAGAUAGGUAAAUGGAGAGUAAUUAGAUGAACUCUCCUUGCUGGAAUAAUAAGAACUGAAGAUACAAAGACAAAAGGGUAUUUAUAUGGAGAAAAAAGACUACCCAUGGUUACAUCUUUGAUCAUAGGAAGAAAUUGAACUAUCUGAGCCUUGCACUCAUUAUACUAUUGUACAUUCUUUAAUCCAAUCUGGAAUUAGUGCCCGGAUAUAACCGGAUGUUUAUAACGUUAUUUAUAAUAGGAAAUCGAUAAACAGUAGAUAGAUGUAUAUAAA